GAAGGAUUGUUGAUUAUGUUGAGAGGAUUUCUGAGGUUAUCAGACUUAGCUCUCAAUGUUUAUCUCUUUGGGGUUCUGCAGGUGACAGAGCUGAAUGAACCUCUUUCCAAUGAAGAUCGCAACCUCCUCUCUGUGGCCUACAAGAAUGUAGUUGGUGCCAGGCGAUCUUCCUGGAGGGUCAUUAGCAGCAUUGAGCAGAAAACCAUGGCUGAUGGAAAUGAAAAAAAAUUGGAGAAAGUUAAAGCUUACCGGGAGAAGAUUGAGAAGGAGCUGGAGACAGUUUGCAAUGAUGUCCUGGCUCUCCUUGAUAAGUUCCUCAUCAAGAACUGCAAUGAUUUCCAGUAUGAGAGCAAGGUGUUUUACCUGAAAAUGAAAGGUGAUUACUACCGCUACCUGGCAGAGGUAGCUUCUGGAGAGAAGAAAAACAGUGUGGUUGAAGCUUCUGAGGCAGCCUACAAGGAAGCUUUUGAAAUUAGCAAAGAGCACAUGCAGCCAACACAUCCAAUUCGUCUGGGCCUGGCCCUCAACUUCUCUGUAUUCUACUAUGAGAUCCAGAAUGCUCCUGAGCAGGCCUGCCUGUUAGCCAAACAAGCCUUUGAUGAUGCCAUAGCUGAGCUGGACACAUUAAACGAGGAUUCCUAUAAGGACUCCACACUCAUCAUGCAGUUGCUGCGAGACAACCUUACCCUCUGGACGAGUGACCAGCAGGACGAAGAAGCAGGAGAAGGCAAUUGAAGAUCUUUUGAGUCCCUGGCCCUUCCUUCACACCCCCACCACCAAUUCUUCCUUGCCACAAUCACUAAAUAUCUAGUGCUAAACCUAUCUGUAUUGGCAGCACAGCUACUCAGAUCUGCUCUCCUGUCCCUUGGGAAGCAGUUUCAGAUAAAUAUUUCAUGGGCAUUGCUGGACUGAUGGUUACUUUGAGCCCACAAGAGCUCCCUUUCUGAAUUGUGCAGAGAAACGUGGUCUAAAUGAGGCAUUUUACUAUGCCUGUUGAUCUAUGGCAAAUCCAGAUGAAAGUUAUUGUGGAGUUUAGAAAGGAGAAUUAGCCACACAGGCUAUGGUUGAUAUUUAAAACAAGCUGAUAGUGUUUUGUUAGCAGUACAUCUUGUGCAUGCAAAAAUGAAUUUAACCCUCCCACCUGUUUCUUCAGCUAAUGGAAAACUUAAUGGAAGCUGAUGAUACAGAGAGACAACUUGUUCCUUUCCAUCAGCUUUAUAAUAAACUUUAAUGUGAGGUUUCAGUAGCACCUUGUUUUUGCCUCUUUAAAUUAUGACGUGCACAGAUCUUUUCAAUGCAAUGCAUCUAAAGUUUUGAUACAUGCAACUUGUUUUGGUUGUGAUUAAGAAUCAUGGAUUUUUUUUUUUUUGGUAGCUCUUUGGCUAUUGUCUUUGUGUAUCCUGACAGCACCAUGUGUGUCAGCCUAUGUCAAUCAAGAUGGGUGAUUAUGAAAUGCCAGACAUCUAAAAUAAAUGUUUUUGAAUUCAAAGGGUAAAUAAAUGCUGCUUUGGGGAUA